AUGUUGCUCUCGACUCGUAUCUCCCCGUCUUCAAUGAGAGGAAACACCAACCCCAUCGGUAUCUCUUCACUUGUUAUGUGUACCAACACCAUCUCACCCAAAUGGGAGCUAUCGUUGUCGAGUUGGUGGACGAAGCGAUUAAACGGGAGUUCUCAUGCAUGGAAAAUGAACUUUGGACACCAUACACACGCUGAGGCUGUGGCGGCCUUGAGAUAUGUCCGAGUAUGGACAUCAGGAUCGGAUGUCAACCCAAAUCAGUAUAUCUUCUAUCCAUUUUCGUGCAUGCUUACCAAUGGGUGGGUUGUGGUAGGUGUCGUGCCGGGUGCGCAGCCUAUGCAUGGAGAUCUUGGGAUCGCUAGACGGCAUGACCCUGUUGCGCUGCCGCCGAGAAAUGUGCUGGAGUGGUGUCGGAAUUGUAUUUCUAUGCGAUUAAAGCUGGAUUGUUUACCGUUAUACUUUGUCUUCCAUCAUUUUUGA